AUAAAGUCUAAAUCAUAUUUCCAGCUACUCAGUUCCGCUCAAUCUCAAAAUGUAUCUUUCGAAUGCUCUUCUAGGCCUUAUCAGCCUGGCCACAGCUACCCACGUCCCAGCACCACAGCACCUCUUCGCGAACCCAUCUUCAGCUGAUGGAUCUGUCUACAAGAUCCCAACCGUACAUGAAUCGGCUGUGCAAGCCCGGCGCAUCAUGCGCCUCGAAAACAUUGGCACGCUUUCGACCGUCUUCCCCAGCCCGCCGCACAGCACCGAACAACGGCCGUCGGAUGUCGGAGGCACGCCCAUAGGUCUCAUGGAUUACUUCGGCGACUGCGAGCCGGACACGGGCAACCCGACCAUCCUAGCCAUCACCAUCGCCACAUCCUUUAAGAACGUAAAUGCCGGGUCCAACAUUACGCUGAGCAUGCGCUGGCACCCUCAAGACAACAAAUGGCGCAGUCCUGCGUCGCUUCCUCGCUUCUCGCUCAUUGGCCACCUCGAAGACAUUGAUAUGGACGCUAUAGAGAAACUGGGCGUGACAGCCUGCUUUGUCAAGAAGCAUCCGGACGCAGCAUGGUGGUUGCCAGGCAACAGGAUUCACGAGAGCAAGUGGGUGAGGCUAGUUGUUGACGAGAUUUACUGGAUCGGAGGCUUCGGAGACCGCGCAUACAUCGGUUGGAUUCCGAAGGACGAGUGGUUCAGCGUCACCCAGGAAGAGAUUGACAGCAUUCAAUUGCCUGGUGAGAAGAGCAGUGCAUGGGGGACAUUGGGCACCUGGUUUGGACUUGGUCAGCAAGAGCAGGGUAUCUUUGAACUAUAAGUUCCAAGAUGUAGUACUAUCUGCACUUGAUGUCCAUCUGCACUCUUGUUGCAAGGUUUUGUAUCUGUUCUGCAAUCUCACUUUCACGUUGUUUGUUCCAAGCUGCAACUACACCCGUCUUAUCACACGAUCGCUAAUCUGUUAAAGGUAUGAAUAGUUAUACUUUAGUCUCUAGUGCUUCUAAUUUCGGCAUCCAAAAACACUCUUUAUAUAUCAUCCUUGCCUAUGAA